AUGCAGUACGUAGGCAGAGCUCUUGGGUCUGUGUCUAAAACAUGGUCUUCUAUCAAUCCGGCUACGCUAUCAGGUGCUAUAGAUGUCAUUGUAGUGGAGCAUCCAGACGGAAGGCUAUCAUGUUCUCCCUUUCAUGUGAGGUUCGGCAAAUUUCAAAUUCUAAAGCCAUCUCAAAAGAAAGUCCAAGUGUUUAUAAAUGAGAAACUGAGUAAUAUGCCAAUGAAACUGAGUGAUUCUGGAGAAGCCUAUUUCGUUUUCGAGAUGGGUGACCAGGUCACUGAUGUCCCUGACGAAUUGCUUGUGUCGCCCGUGAUGAGCGCCACAUCAAGCCCCCCUCAAUCACCUGAAACAUCCAUCUUAGAAGGAGGAACCGAGGGUGAAGGUGAAGGUGAAAAUGAAAAUAAGAAGAAGGAAAAGAAAGUGCUAGAGGAACCAGAUUUUUUAGAUAUCAAUGACACUGGAGAUUCAGGCAGUAAAAAUAGUGAAACUACAGGGUCGCUUUCUCCUACUGAAUCCUCUACAACGACACCACCAGAUUCAGUUGAAGAGAGGAAGCUUGUUGAGCAGCGUACAAAGAACUUUCAGCAAAAACUAAACAAAAAACUCACUGAAAUCCAUAUACCCAGUAAACUUGAUAACAAUGGCGACUUACUACUAGACACUGAAGGUUACAAGCCAAACAAGAAUAUGAUGCAUGACACAGACAUACAACUGAAGCAGUUGUUAAAGGACGAAUUCGGUAAUGAUUCAGAUAUUUCCAGUUUUAUCAAGGAGGACAAAAAUGGCAACAUCAAGAUCGUAAAUCCUUACGAGCACCUUACUGAUUUAUCUCCUCCAGGUACGCCUCCAACAAUGGCCACAAGCGGAUCAGUUUUAGGCUUAGAUGCAAUGGAAUCAGGAAGUACUUUGAAUUCGUUAUCUUCUUCACCUUCUGGUUCCGAUACUGAGGACGAAACAUCAUUUAGCAAAGAACAAAGCAGUAAAAGUGAAAAAACUAGCAAGAAAGGAACAGCAGGGAGCGGUGAGACCGAGAAAAGAUACAUACGAACGAUAAGAUUGACUAAUGACCAGUUAAAGUGCCUAAAUUUAACUUAUGGUGAAAAUGAUCUGAAAUUUUCCGUAGAUCACGGAAAAGCUAUUGUUACGUCAAAAUUAUUCGUUUGGAGGUGGGAUGUUCCAAUUGUUAUCAGUGAUAUUGAUGGCACCAUCACAAAAUCGGACGCUUUAGGCCAUGUUCUGGCAAUGAUAGGAAAAGACUGGACGCACUUGGGUGUAGCCAAGUUAUUUAGCGAGAUCUCCAGGAAUGGCUAUAAUAUACUCUAUCUAACUGCAAGAAGUGCUGGACAAGCUGAUUCCACGAGGAGUUAUUUGCGAUCAAUUGAACAGAAUGGCAGCAAACUACCAAAUGGGCCUGUGAUUUUAUCACCCGAUAGAACGAUGGCUGCGUUAAGGCGGGAAGUAAUACUAAAAAAACCUGAAGUCUUUAAAAUCGCGUGUCUAAACGACAUAAGAUCCUUGUAUUUUGAAGACAGUGAUAACGAAGUGGAUACAGAGGAAAAAUCAACACCAUUUUUUGCCGGCUUUGGUAAUAGGAUUACUGAUGCUUUAUCUUACAGAACUGUGGGGAUACCUAGUUCAAGAAUUUUCACAAUAAAUACAGAGGGUGAGGUUCAUAUGGAAUUAUUGGAGUUAGCAGGUUACAGAAGCUCCUAUAUUCAUAUCAAUGAGCUUGUCGAUCAUUUCUUUCCACCAGUCAGCCUUGAUAGUGUCGAUCUAAGAACUAAUACUUCCAUGGUUCCUGGCUCCCCCCCUAAUAGAACGUUGGAUAACUUUGACUCAGAAAUUACUUCAGGUCGCAAAACGCUAUUUAGAGGCAAUCAGGAAGAGAAAUUCACAGACGUAAAUUUUUGGAGAGACCCGUUAGUCGACAUCGACAACUUAUCGGAUAUUAGCAAUGAUGAUUCUGAUAACAUCGAUGAAGAUACUGACGUAUCACAACAAAGCAACAUUAGUAGAAAUAGGGCAAAUUCAGUCAAAACCGCCAAGGUCACUAAAGCCCCGCAAAGAAAUGUGAGCGGCAGCACAAAUAACAACGAAGUUUUAGCCGCUUCGUCUGAUGUAGAAAAUGCGUCUGACCUGGUGAGUUCCCAUAGUAGCUCAGGAUCCACGCCCAAUAAAUCUACAAUGUCCAAAGGGGACAUUGGAAAACAAAUAUAUUUGGAGCUAGGUUCUCCACUUGCAUCGCCAAAACUAAGAUAUUUAGACGAUAUGGAUGAUGAAGACUCCAAUUACAAUAGAACUAAAUCAAGGAGAGCAUCUUCUGCAGCCGCGACUAGUAUCGAUAAAGAGUUCAAAAAGCUCUCUGUGUCAAAGGCCGGCGCUCCAACAAGAAUUGUUUCAAAGAUCAACGUUUCAAAUGACGUACAUUCACUUGGGAAUUCAGAUACCGAAUCACGAAGGGAGCAAAGUGUUAAUGAAACAGGGCGCAAUCAGCUACCCCACAACUCAAUGGACGAUAAAGAUUUGGAUUCAAGAGUAAGCGAUGAAUUCGAUGACGAUGAAUUCGACGAAGAUGAAUUCGAAGAUUAA